AUGUCUUCCAUUCUCCCCAGAGUUAUAGCUCCUGUUCGCACACGGCUCGCUGGCGCUGCUGUACGUGCUCCUCGUGUUCUCGUUUCAUCUUCAAGCCGCCUAUACUCGAGCUCCAAAAGCGCAUUCAGCCCUCAAGAUAUUCACAAUGUCUCUCACAAUCCCAAUCACAUUCAGUCAAAGCUGCCAUCAAAGAAGCUUUUACGCAACAGCGAGCGAUUCAGAGAAUUUGAUAUGGAGGGUCGAGUAUAUGCAAUCACUGGUGGUGGACGAGGAUUGGGACUGUCGAUGGCCGAAGCAUUGAUUGAGGCUGGCGCAAAAGGUAACCACCUUUCUCCAUUUCGAUAUCAAGAUGAACAAAGACUGACAGAAUAUCGAAAUCUAGUGUACUGCCUGGACCGACUCGAAACUCCUCACCCAGACUUCAUUGUUGCGAAGGACAAGGCCGAGAACGAAUAUGGAGGUGUCCUAGAGUACAUCCGCAUCGAUGUCCGCAACAACACAGAAGUUAACACCACAAUGGCCACAAUCGCGGCCCAAGACGAGCGCCUAGAUGGUCUUAUUGCCGCAGCCGGAAUCAAUCACCUUCAAAGUGCACUCGAGUACUCCCAGCAUGCUCUAGACGACGUGAUGUCCAUCAAUUACAAUGGAGUGUUCAACUCCGCUACCGCGGCCGCUCGUCAGAUGUUCAACUACCAACAGAAAGGCUCAAUUCUGCUAGUAGCUAGCAUGAGCGGCUUGAUUGCCAACAAGGGCAUGACUUCGCCUGUAUACAACUCGUCCAAGGCAGCAGUCAUCCAGCUGUCUCGUUCUCUCGCUAUGGAAUGGGGCCGUCAUGGCAUUCGAGUCAACAGCUUGUGUCCGGGUCAUAUCAUCACUCCUAUGGUUGACGAAGUCUUCCAGCAAAACCCUGCUGCCCGUGCUACAUGGGAAGCUGAGAACAUGCUUGGCCGUCUGGCUCUACCCGAGGAAUUCCGAGGUUCGGCACUCUUUUGUCUGUCUGAUGCAAGCAGCUUCAUGACUGGUAGCACUCUACUCAUUGAUGGUGGUCACACUGCAUGGUAA